AUGGGUUGCGCCAACCCCGAGACUGGGAGCCCUAAGGCUACCGGCUCUGAAACCGUCCGGUCUGAGUCUAUGGACACCCAGCAUCUUAACCCGGAGGCUGCCAAAUUUGAGCCUUCCAAGUCUGAUGCCGUCGGAUCUGGUGCCGUCGAAUUUGAAGCUACCAACAUUGAAGCUGCCACUACCAACGUCGCCAAUACUGAAGCUAUCAAUCUUGAGUCUGUCGAUCCCGAGGCCACCAUUCCUGAGACUGCUACCCCGGAGGCUAUCAUCCCGGAGGCUACCACAAUCGAGCCUACCACUCUUGAGUCUAUCAUUGGAACUGCCACCUCUGACACCAGCACUGAAAGCACCGCCUCUGAGACCUCCAGUUCUAACCAUACCACUCCUGAGCCUGCCGAACUUGAGAUUGCCUUCGACCCCGAGAACCCGCACCUUCCUCCUGUCCUCGUGUUCUGCGAUGAACAUGGAGAAGUCUCGUGCCCGGAGUGCACCCACAACGACAGCUGGGUAGUGCAGUUCAUGAGAACCGAGGGCGGUGAUGUAACAACUCGACUCACCAACCCCCAUCUCACGAUGGAGCCUCCCAGAAUCGGCACCGGAAUCGUGAUCCCCCAGGUUUUCAAACCUCCCAAUCCCAACGUUCCCCCCAAGACCCUGUUUCCACCCGGACUCGGAAAAAACACCUUCCCUUACGUCCACCGUUUCAUUCGUGAAACCAACGAGUAUGAAUUCCUGGUCUACACGGAUGGAGCAUGCCAGGAUAGUGACACUGAACACCCACGGGGCGGUAUUGCGUUCGUUUACCGAGAAACCGAACCCGAUGUCACCGGAUCUGCAGGCUUUCCUCUUGAGAAGGAGGGCCCAACCGGACAAAGACAUUUCCAAACUUCCAACCGUGCCCAGCUGCGUGCUGUGCUUGCUGCUUUGCGCUUCCGACGCUGGAAUGCAGAGGGGUUCAAGCGUAUGAUCAUUGCUACGGACUCGGAGUAUGUGGUUAAGGGGAUGACGGAGUGGACUCGCGGGUGGGUUCGCAAGGGCUGGAAAACGAGCAAUCGACAGCCGGUUAUGAAUCGGGAUCUCUGGGAGUGUAUUCUUGGAGAGAUUGAGCGGUUGGACGGGUUUGGACUGACUGUUCAGUUCUGGUGGAUUGCAAAGGAGGACAAUAAAGAGGCGGACCGUGUGGCUAAGGCUGCUUCACUUGAAAGCGAUAGGUCCGUUGAAUUCCGGGACCUGGCUGGGGUUUCUUGCUAA